CCUGGUAUUUCCAACUAUAUUGAUAGUCCGUUCCAAGCAUAUGAACAACUGGAAGAACCACUUCAUCGCUUACUGAUGGAUAUCCCGAUGACACGAUGGAAGGACAUUCCCGUGUACCUUGCGGCCACCGCAGGCAUGAGAUUAACCUUAUUGCAGGAUCCCCUAAGCAGCUUGGGUUUGUUCGAUGCGCUUAGACGUGGACUCAGCACUUCCGGUCUUCAGGUUCAAACACCAAACGAGCGUAUUCGUUUGCUUUCCGGGUCUGAGGAAGGCUUGUUCGGUUGGGUCUCAGUUAACAGCGUAUUGGGUCUUGUCACAGCGAAACGCAAUGCUUACGAAAUUUUGUGUUCAUUCAAACAAGCUGGGUCAUUUCUGUUCCUCGGUUUUUCCGCAAAAUUGGAAUUGAUCUGA